CUCUAUGGUAUUUCAAGAACGUAGAACGUAGUCUUGUAAAAUGAUGUAUUUAUAUUAAUAUAUUUAAGUUUUCGUAAAAAUUGAAUUUAAAAGAAUCCAUUUAAACGAUGUAAUUUCUAAUCAACUGAAUAUUUAGAACUUUAUAAAAAUGGCCACUUCAGUCAAAGAAUUUGGUAAAGCCUGGUGGGCUGAAGUGUAUAAUCGUAUAAUUGGCGCAGUAGUAUUUAUUGACGAUUAUAGCUCAGAAUGCUUACACUGGGACGGAGGGCUAUUUAAUCUAUUGGACGGCGGUGCAGUAGCGGUUAAAAGUUUAUCUCCAUUUGAGAUUUGCAAUAGAGACCAACGUAAAGCUGUUUUCAUAACACAGUCAACCAGCACUCAACUACAAACCAUAAAAGAUAUAAUCCAUAAUAGCGACUUAACUCAUUGCAUAUUCAUAUCCUGCAUUAGUUUAGAUGUGUUAUACUUGGAGUUGAAUAAGGAUAAAGAUGUCACAGAUGUAGUGACAUCUGGAAAAGCUGCUUCGGAAGCUACCAAGCAGCUAGAACGGAUGCUAACAGGGUGGAUUGAUAAACAGACAUGUGCAGUAGAGGUUGUUUACAUUCCAAUAUUUACUAUAUCACCUACAAAUGUGUUAUUCCUGACUCCUCCCUAUCAAAAUGUAAUACCACAAUAUAAUGGCAAGUUGAUCCCAGAUUCCACUUCAAUUGAUCUCUAUACUUUAAAUGAUGAUGAAAGAUCUUUGCUACGGAGAUUAGCUGGUAGUCUUAACACUAUGUUGGAUUCCAUGAAUUUUAAAGAAGACAUUUAUUACAUUGGUCAAUUUAGUUCACUUCUUGCUGGAGUUUUAGAGAAUUCGCCUGUUUGUGUGGCCAGAAAGAAGAAUUGUUCUACUCCAGUGUCAUUAGUCAUUAUUGACAGAACAUUUGAUCUCUGUGGUGUGACUAGUCAUUCUGUUGAGUCUGUCCUGGAUAAAAUGAUGGGAGUUUUACCAAAGUUCCCAGGACAAUGUAAUGAAAUCGCUGUGGAUAUGUCACCAUUAUGUGCAGCUAAUGCUUUGUUCCAUCCCGAUGAUGUUCAACUCAGUCCAGGCUGUCUCUACCAUGCUGAUGACGACUCUUGCCUCCAGACAUAUGACUAUAUGAUAAAUAAAUCACAAAAGGAAGUCAUGUUUGAUCUCUAUAAUAAGCUGUCAAAGAUUGAUGUACAAAAGUCACCCGGUCCAAAAAUGCUUUUGAAAGUGACACCUCAAAGUGUUGAAAAAAUUAUUUCAGCUUCAAAAGGUAACUAUGACAUAAUAAGCAAACACAUUGGCAUAUUACAACAAGCAUUGGGAGUGGUUCAAAUGCUCAAGUCCCCGAGAAGAAGCCAAAUGGAACUGCUGAUGAGUUUGGAGAAGCAAGUGCAAGAAAACCUUGCUGCCAGUAGAGAAUCAACUAGUGUUUUGCAUCAACUAAGCUACCUUAUAAAAACACGCAAAGAUCGAAACUUGCACAUAAAAAACCUACUCGCCCUAUUAGUUCAUGUAUAUUCACUUGCUGGGACUGAGGUGGUAUUUACAUCCCAGCACGAAGAGCAACUCCAUCAAACCCUCAGUGUUGCCAUGUUUGAGGACCAUAAAGAUCUAUUCAGCGAUUCAGAUGGUCAUAUGGUCACACCGGAGGAGUGUGAACGGAUUUCUUCAAAUGUUAUGGAUUUGUUAAAACAAGUUUCGCUAAUGAGAAAGAAUUUACAAAGAUACAACUCAGUACUUAAGCCACGUGAAAGUGGCAUUGGGCAUGAAUACCGCGGGGUUCUCCAACAGCUGGUUGAUGAUUUAGUCAAUACUGAGCGACCAGAUAUUCCUGAUCUACGUCAUAGAAAUGAGGGUAUCAAGGAUUUUCUACGUACUGGACUCAACAUCUUAACCAGCAAGAAAUCAAAAAUUAAGCACCCAAUGGACAAUCAGACAGUAAUAAUCUUUGUCAUUGGAGGUAUUACAGCAGAUGAGUGCAAGCAACUCCACCGUAGUGUGAUCACAAGUGGUAUUGACAAUAAUGUUUUGAUCGGAUCAACUAAAUUUGUGAACCCAGUUGAUGCAAUGCAGGAUGUCCUGAUGUUAUAGCGGUUGCAGGAUCAAGGCAGCUUGGUGAAAACUUGGCGUGUCUUUAAAAAACGACCCAAAUGGU